AUGGCAGCCGCUGCGGUCCGACGAGCUCCUUACAAGGACACUUUACAGCCGGCUCUUCAUAGACGAUUCUCUUCGACCGCGACACUGUUGCUUGGGGUGGCCUAUCUCGAAGCUCUUGCCCUAGCUUCCUGGAGCUCCUUUCUCUGGUCCUGGUUCCCUCUAGGUCCUGCCGGCAUCCGAACAGCAUGCAUAUUUCUUUGCGGACUUGCGAUUCUGAUUCUGCGCAUCGCACACUACCAUGUUGGCGUCAAAACUGAAUCGGGUGCGCAGACCCUAAAAGCAUCGCUCUUUAGCUUCCAGACAUAUGAGACGCUCUUCUGGUACAGCGUUUCCAGCUUCCUCUUUUUGCCAGUCUAUCUCUCGUCCCUCAACGACAGCUCUGGCCUGCGAUGGGUCACGUACUUCAGCGGCGAUCGCGCGCGACUCAACGAACGACCCAUCUUCCUCGCCUGCUAUCUCGGCACAUGUGCCGUGAUGCAAACGAUUGUACACUAUCAGUUUGACCUCGACCGGCUAGUCUUUGUCAAGCCUGUCGCCGAGAAGGAAGAUGUCAAGGCAAAGACUGGCGGAUUUCUCACCGGGUCGUCCCAAAGAAUCGUGCAGCAGUUCCCAACCGUGUUUGCCGGCUGCAUCAAGCAGGCGACAUACUCACUUAUUCUGGCCGUGGUGUUGUACUAUGCGCUGCUCCGAACGCUUACCUGGUCUUGGGCUCUGAUGCUGUUCCGGCCCUUUUACAAUCUGCCCCGUACCAACAUUGCGCCGAGCAGCUGGCCUACCGAUUUGUUCCUCAUGAUUCGCUGUGUCUACGCCGGCGCACUGCUCAACACCGUCUGGGCUGCAGGCAAUACUUCGUUUUCCAUUUUCAUGGCCAAGGCCCCGCUCAAGGCCGGAAAGCCCUUUAGUGCAGAGUCCAAGGAUCCCAACGGCAGCCUUCUCAACGGAAUGAAGAGCAAAAAGCCAUCUGUACAGUGCUUCGCCAUGUGGGAACUGGCCAUCAUUGCGCAGGACUUUGAGGCCCAACGAAAGGCCAUUUUCGCCGACAUCGAUCGCAAAGACGGCCCGAUGUGGGCCCAGGUAUAUGCCGUUUGUAUGACAGUACUGAAAAUUAUGGAGGAGAGAGUUGAUGCGUACGGUAAACCUCCAACCGCACCUGUCCAGGCACCGCAGGAGCCCAAGCAGCGCGUCUCUGCCCCUCCCAGGCAGGACGAAAUCUUCACCAAAGGCAGCGCCCCACACACUGGUGUCGAGAAAGCGUGGGAUCAGAUUGUCCGGUCACCUGGCUCAUCGCCCAUGGCUGAGCUUAGCCCCAUCGCGAAAAAGACUUGGAGGCAGACUCGGGACCGCGUGCUCACAAAGGAACAGCAGGAGGCUGUCUCAAAGGAGAGCAUACAAUCAUUCGUGGACCAUGCUGCCUCGCACUUGCUGAGGCUGGAGUGGAUCGGUAGUAUUUUUCGCCAGGACUUUGCUACCGAGUUCGCUGCCGCUGUUCUAGGCCAGCCAUACGCAGAGCCUACGGUGUAUGUUCAUGCCGUCCAGGCGUUGUGCCAACUUGCCAUUCAUAGCUUGGCAGAGGACCAAUACGGCAAUGUUCACCGGGAUGUGCCCAGCAUCAUCCGCACACUUACCGUCAUCAUCAAGAAGGUUGAAGGUCUCAAAGCCCGAUUUCCCGUUCACUGGACGGAUUCUUCAAGACGCCGAGAAAGCCCUGAAGUGGACCAAGUGCUUGACGCCAUGCGUCUUGGAUUGGAGCAGCAGAGCCGGCUGUCAGACAACGGCUGGAGCCGCGCAGGCCGGAGAUGGAGCAGGUUCAGUGAGACGCCUGCAGAGCAUGAAUACGAAAUAGAAAGAAUAAUUAUCGCCAGAGGCGUCCGUAGCCUGUCGCCGCCUCGGCAGCAUCAUAUCCGCUUAAGUUCCACACAGUCCUGCAUCCUAGGGUCCUCCGGCCCCUGCCAUGCCAGGUCUCCCAUCUGA